CUUGCAACAUUCAUCAUCACAAACGCCAACAUAAACAAUCCCAUCGACGACAUCUCUUAAUCAUCACAUCUCCCGAAGCGCAACUCUCACGAAGAACCCCCGACGACUCUUAGAUAUAGUACGAAUCCGAUCGAUUAACGCCGUCAGCACAGCGAACAGGAUCUGACGCCGAUUCCGGUGCGCAAGCCGACCAACCGUCUGGUCGAGUUCCAUUUCCCUCCCCCCGGGGGCGGCAGGCCACUUAAUUUUUGCGCUCGUGCCGGCGCGCUGCGCAUCAAAAUCUCCCCUGGCUUGUCCGCGUCCUGCCCGUGAAAGAUGCCGGACGCGGCAUCGCGCAAGGGCUUGACUGCGUCGCCGUCGCAAAACAAUGUCUCUGCGAACAAAAAGGCCGCAAAAGCCACUGGCGAAGAGGCAACCAUCAAGGUCGCCUCGAAGAAGGAGCCCAGGACGCCGGCAAACGGCCCUGCGAAGCUCAAGCGGCCAAUACCAAAGCUGAGCGGGAUCGGGAACUGGCGUGAUGCGACUAUCGUGAAUGUCGAGAAGAAAAAGUCAAAAGCCAACGCAGCGAGCGCCAAAGCGAGGAAUAAAUCGCCCGGCCCGGUGGUGAAUCCGACCGAGGAGAACUCGCAUGAGACGUUCGAGACAAGUUCUCCAGCACUCGACAGUCCCGGAUUGCAGCAAUGUAAGCACUGCAAGAAGAGCAUGUCUGUGGCGAGAUCUCCGGCGCAUAUUGCCGUGUGUCUCAAGGUCAAGAAAGAGAAGGCCCAGCGCAAAAAAGAGGCUCGAGAGGCUCGCGAACGAGCAAAGGAAGCAGCUGCCCGAGAGGAAGAAGCGCGCAAGGCCGAGGAGGAAGGCGGCGGCGAUGACAGUAGCGAUGAUGACGACGACGACAAGGGAGCUGGUGGUGGCCCGGGCGGCAAAACCACCAAGAAGGCGGCAGGGAAGAAGACUGCGGGCGACGACUCCAAGGGCAAGAAGCGCAAGGCAGAUGGAGAUCCGGAUAGCAAGGGAGGUCCCAAGGCGAAGAAGAAGAAGGACGAGCCAAAGCCCAAGACUGCGAAGCCUAAGGGGCCCGUGGAUGUCGAAAGGCAGUGUGGUGUUCUCACGCCCACCGGCCAGCCUUGCGCUAGGUCCCUCACAUGUAAAACCCACAGCAUGGGUGCCAAGAGGGCGGUUCCUGGACGUUCGCUGCCAUACGAUAUGCUGCUGGCGGCUUACCAGAAGAAGAAUCAAGCAAAACAGCAGAAGGCUGCGCUGGAUGCCAACGCACCACUGGAGGACGACGACGAAGCCAAUGCAGGUCCCAUAGACUCGGAUGAGGAAACCAACCUGGUCAUGUCGGCGCUUGCAAAAUGGAAGCCACAGCCCGUGGUUCCCCAGCCUAUUCAUAUUCCGAUCAAGCGGCAAUAUCAACUAGCGCGCCUCAACGAGCAACUCCACACAGCCACCAACGGCGGACGCACCAACAUAUUCAAAGUGAAUGGCUUCGGCGCCCAACGACUACCAGACGGCCACCCUGGUUUGAUGGACAGUGAAGAUGCGCCCGGCGAAGAGGAUCCCGUCUUGUUUGGUGGCAGGGCCAGCAGCAUGGGCGGCGAUGCUUCCAGGAGAUCAUCGACUUUCAGCAUGUCGAUGCCUCAGGCGCAUGCACACACGGCACCGAGGCAAAAUUCGAUCGUUGCAGGGCGUGCAUAGGUUGAUUCCUGAAUCGAGCACUUGGUACCGGUUGUGUUCCAGCCCGGCAACCCAAGGGACACCCGAUCCUUCAAUCAUCCUUGAGAUGUAGUGAGCGGCCGCUAGCUGUCGACGGUCCGACAGACGAACAAGGCUGUUCCUAGUUAUUGUUUUUAUUUUUAUCCUAUUUACUAUGUCUUAUCCCUGAACUCUGUGGCGCACUUACAGCCACAAGCCAAUGGGGCAAGGCGCUUCGUCAUUUCCGGCAAGAGAUGGUAACAGCAUCACAAGUGUUAUUGGAUGGGAUCGACUUUGCAAAGCAUUCACUGCUUUUAUAUUCAGAUUUACUCUGCGGUACACAGAUUGACACGGUCCGCAAUUGUUUUGUACACUGAGACGUUUGGCGCACAUCGGAUGGAGCGGUGGGGGAUUUCUUUUUUUUUUUCGCUUUUUUUGGGUUACAUUACGAGAUAUCAAUGGGCACAUGGCGGUUUUGACUCACGCUUAUUUUGUACGUUUGUAUCAUGGCUUUGUCUCUUUUUUUCUUUCUCUCCUCGUUCCCGGAUCAGGGUUUUGAUAGGCGGUUGGAAUGACAUGAAUUUUCCAAUCGCGGUGUGGUGUUGGUUCCUUUUCCUAGGUACUUGCAGAGCUAACUAGGCCAGUUAUAUUAUUCCCACUGGCCGAUUUCAUGAUCAGAGCCGGAUAUAAGUGCUCGUAGGCUCUGACGGCAGGGCUACUAGUCGGCUAAACAAGCUGUUACAGC